AUGAUAGACGCAGACAGCAGGCCCAAGUUCAAGGAGCUGGCUGCAGAGUUUGUAGGAUGGCCCGGGACCCCAGAGAUACCUGGUCAUCCAGGGGAUGACCGUAUGAAGCUGCCCAGCCCCAAAGACAGUAAGUUCUUCCAGAGCCUGCUGGAUGAGGAGGAUGUGGAGGACUUUAUGGAUGCUGAGGAGUACCUGGUUCCCCAUCACUUUAACAUGCCUCCACUAUCAUACACAGCCAGGCUCCGCGUCGACUCCAACAGGAACCAGUUUGGGUACCGGGACGGUUCAGGCUCGACCCCUGAGGAGGGCCUGGCAUUGGGAGGGUCCCCGUCUUGUGUCUCCUCUCCAGAUCCUGCAGGCACGCAGGGGGCAGCCCUGGACGCCCUGGAGGACCAGCGCUGCAACGGCACGCUGCUCAAGAAGAAGACCCAGACAAGGCCCGGGGCAGAGGACAACAACGGGCAGCGCUACAGUGCCGACCCUACCGUGUUCCUGGGGGACCGGGGUGUGGGGCCCCGGGGGGACACGGACGAGGACGGCUACAUGACCCCAUGA